UGAGGGAAGGUUUAUUUAACAUGCGCUUAUUGAGGUAGUGGGGCGAAAGGCAGCUCCCUGAUCCACCUAACACACGUCAAUGUGAGGUUCGGUGUCGGGUCGAUGCAGACCGGGCGACUGCCUGCGAAAUUCCUCUCUUGAAGCUAUCACCCCUGCAUGGGAGGGACGAGGGAUCCCCUGAAGAAUCCUAACUAGCGUCUUGGAUCACAGAACGAAUAUAAAUGAAGCUGCUUAUCGUGUUGCCACCACUACGCAGCUAAGUGGGUACUUGAAUCUCAUGUCGUUUUCUAUCCUGAAGGCUUAGACAAACACAGUCAGGAUGGGAGCGGAUACGGCAUCUCUUGAUUUUUGGUGCUUCUGUUUUUAGGAUGGAAGAGGUACCCAACUACAUCUGCAGUCAAUUGAAGGGUGUGGGAAAAGGGACCCAUUCAGCACUAGAGUAGAGAUGCGUGUACGUCUCGUGCAUUGUAUUUGUGUGUGCUUUAAGCAACUCCUUUUCAUUUUUCUUCUAGGACUAAAAUCAUAGAAUAUACCACCAUUGCGUGCAUAUUUAACGCUUAUUAAACUUGACUUUCAGCUUACGAAGUAACCACAACAUUAACCGCAUAUCAAACAUUACAAUAUGCCAUCGGGGAACGGUUGCCGUGCGAAUCAGCGUCGCGAGCGCGCAAUGAAGAAGCAGCAAGGUGCCGGCCUAAAGCACACCGGUAAGGAUAUUGAAAGACACGAGCAGAGCAAGAAUGCAGUGCAGUGUAAGAUUUGCCUUCAAGGUUUCCCUCGAACCGUGCGACGGCCAGAGUUGGAGCAACACUAUGAGAAGCACAUCAAGGUGGGCAAGACUUUUGAAGAGGUAUUCCCUGAUUUUGAUGCGGCGUAG